AUGUCUUCCCCCUUUGCUCAGGCCAUCCAAGCUAUCACCAGAGCCCUUGGACCUCUUCCAAAGUAUCAGUUCACACCGGGGAACGAUGACGUAUCUAAGGAGACAGGCCUUCUUCGGGACUUGCAAAACUUAAGUAUCGACGACUACAAGACCCUGGAAGAUGUCUUGGACGCCACGGUUUCUGGCGAAGAGGAUGACAACAAGCUCUUGCAGGAGCGUAUCGUAACUCUACUAGCCAAACUACCCCCAAAUUCCCGGGAAGGCAAGCAAGCUACCGAUGCUUUCAUCAACACACUCUGGAACUCGCUUGAGCAUCCUCCAGCUCAGAUUUCAUCUGGUGAUACUUGCUACCGUACAGCAGAUGGCUCCUACAACAACGCUGGAGUUCCCGCUAUGGGAGCCGCCAACACGCGCUACUCGCGGACGACUCCCGCUAAGGUAUUUCAGGGACCUAACCUACCAGAUCCGGGUCUGAUUUACGACAGUCUCAUGGCCAGAGAUGAAACAUCGUUCCGCGAGCAUCCGAACAAGAUAUCCAGUGUGUUGUUUUACCUCGCUACAAUCAUUACCCAUGAUAUAUUCCAGACUGACUCGCGGGAUCCGAAUGUCAACCUGACUUCGUCGUAUCUCGACCUUUCGCCUUUGUAUGGGCGCAAUGCUGAAGAGCAAAAGGCAAUGCGAACUUUCAAAGACGGGCUACUUAAGUCAGACUGUUUUUCGUCAAGGAAUCUCCUCGGAUUUCCGCCAGGAGUAGGAAUGUUCAAUCGAUUUCAUAACUAUGUUGUAACUCAGCUGGCAGUGAUUAAUGAGAGCGGCCGCUUCACGAGGCCAGCUGCUACGACUACUGAAAGCGGCAAUUUGGAGGCCUGGGAAAAAUACGACAACGACCUCUUCCAGACAGGACGCCUCAUCACAUGCGGGCUCUACGUCAACAUCAUCCUGAAGGACUACGUUCGAACAAUACUGAACGUCAACCGCUCUACCUCAACAUGGGACCUUGACCCGCGGACGCAUGAGAAGAAGAACAUAUUCAACCGCUCGCCCGCCCCAGAAGCCACAGGCAACCAGGUCUCCGUUGAGUUCAAUCUUAUAUACAGAUGGCACAGCGCCCUGUCGGCCCGCGACGAGAAAUGGGUAACCGACGACUUGCGCAAGAUCCUCGACGGCGCAGACCCCGCCCGGGCAAGCGUCGACGAGGUCCUCCAAGCCUUGGCGAGGUCCCGCCGCGGCAUCCCCAACAACCCGGACGAGCGGGAUUUCGCCGGCUUGCGGCGCGGCGAGGAUGGCACCUUCUCCGACGACGACCUCGUCGACAUCCUCGUCGCUUCCGUCGAGGACGUCGCCGGCGCGUUCGGAGCAAACCAAGUCCCCACUGCGUUGAGGGUAAUCGAGAUCCUGGGGAUCGCCCAGGCGCGAGGGUGGCACGUCGCUACGCUCAACGAGUUCCGGCAGCAUUUCGGGCUCAAGAAGCACGAUACGUUCGAGGACAUCAACCCGGACCCCGCGGUCGCGGGGAAGUUGAUGUCGCUUUACGACUCUCCUGACGCCGUUGAGUUGUAUCCGGGGCUCGUCGCCGAAAAGCCCAAGCCGCCUAUGUCCGGCAGCGGCCUUUGCGUCAACGUCACGACGAGCCGCGCCAUCCUCUCUGAUGCCGUGGCACUCGUCCGCGGGGACCGCUUCUAUACUACCGACUAUACGCCCGCGAACUUGACAAAUUGGGGUUACAACGAGGCCAACUUCGACUUGAAAGUAGACCAAGGGCAAGUCAUGCACAAGCUGAUACUCCGCGCGUUUCCAUUCCACUUCGCGCGCAACAGUAUCCACGCACAUUUCCCUUUCGUCGUACCCGAGGAGAAUAAGGUCAUACACGACGCUCUGGGCACAUCUGAAUUAUAUUCGUGGGAGAAGCCGACGAGACAGAUAGACCCCGUAGUCAUCAAGUCCCACAAAGCCGUCAGCCAGAUCCUCAGCAACAGCAAGGACUUCCACGUGCCCUGGGGCGAAGCGAUAUCCUACCUCGUCAGCCCGCCGGGCAAGACCUUCGCGAAGAGCUUCUGCCUGGCCGGCGACGGCGCCGCCAACCGCCAGAACCGGGACCUCGUCGCCCGGUGUCUCUACCAGCCGCAGGAGUGGGAAGCGGAGAUCAAGCACUUCUUCGACCGGACCGCGAGAAAUCUGGUCAGGAAGGCCGGCAGGGCGUUACCGCCUAGCCCUCCUGCUACGACGACGACGACGACAAACUCGAAGAAGAAGAAGAACAAGGAAUUGGGGACGACGGUAAUGGAAAGGGAAUUCGAAGUCGAUAUCGUUCGCGACGUCAUCAUCCCGCUGAACACGCGCUUCGUGGCGGCGCUCUUCGGCCUGCCGAUCAAGACGGCGGAGACGGCGCCGCACGGGGUGUACGCGGAGCACGAGCUGUACGGGCUGCUGUCGGCGAUGUUCGCGGCGGUGUUCUUCGACGGCGACCCGGCGAGCUCGUUCAAGCUGCGCACCGUGUCUCGCGAGCUCGCGCUGGGGCUGGAGCAGCUCGUGCGCCUCGAGGCCGAAGCGGACGCCAAGACAAACGGCUGGUUGGCGGGCGUGGCGGCGCGCCUGGGCUUCGCAUCCGCUGCCGCGAAGGACAAGUCGGAUACGGAUACGGAUACGACGUCGGGGAGAGAUGAGUGGCCUGGGCUGCCGCAUUAUGGGCGAGAGUUACUUGCUCGAAUGAUGGAGAAGGGUAAGACGGUUGAGGAGUGUGUUGCGGGGACUGUUAUGCCUAUUUGUGCGGCCGGAGCUACUAUCAUGUCAGGUCUGCUCUCGCAGUGCCUAGAUUACUUUCUAGGAACGGGGAGUGAACACCUCCCUGAACUGCACCGCCUAGCCCGCGAGGACACGCCCGAGGCCGACGACAAGCUGAUGCAUUACCUCCUAGAAGGCAUCCGCCUCCGCGGCACCGUCGUCCUCGCGCGCACCGUCCCCCCAAACAGCCCCGCGCAACACAUCACAGAUGACACCCCCUGCCUCCCGUCCCCGUCGUGCCCCACGGGACCCAGCCCAAUCCCCAACCCACCUUCUUCGCGCGCCUCCUCCGCCCGAACAUACACGCUGGUCCCCGCCCAGCGCGCGAUAAUCGACCUCGUAACGGCGUCGCACGACGCCGACGCCUUCCCCUCGCCGGAGACCCUGCGUCUCGACCGCCCCGUGUCGUCGUAUCUCCCCUGGGGCGCCCACGACCACAAGUGUCUCGGGGAAGGGCUGACGCGGACGGCGCUCGCCGCCGCGUUCAAAGCGUUCCUGGGAGAAAUGCCGGGGUUGCGGCGGGCUCCGGGCCCGAGGGGCGAGUGCGGGGGGCGCGAGUUCAAGGAGUGGAGGGGACAGGUUGGGCGGAGGGCUGUGGAGGGAGGGGGCGACGAGUGGACUGGCUUGAGGGUGUAUUUGACGCCUGAUCAGAGCGCGUAUUCGCCUGUGCCGACGAGUAUACGGGUGCGUUGGGGUGGGGAGGGGAACUAA